GAGAGAGAUCGAUGAGUGAACGAAAUAAAUGAUAUAAAUGAUUUUAGAGUUUGAUUGAAACUCCUAAUAAAUAAAGGUUUUUUUUUUUUGCCGGGACUAAAAGCAAAAACCUCGUAUUUGUAUAAAACUAAAUAUAUUUUCCAUCUUGCACGCGUACACACACAUGCACAUUGAAAUCUAUCUAUAUCUAUAUAGCAUAAAAGCAAAACUAGGUUAUGGCUGUGUCCACCAUAUAUAAAUGAUUGAUUAUGCAUAUUUAAGCCAAAGUUAGCAAGUAGUAUCAUAGUGAGAAAAACAAUGGAUACUAUUUGGAUUCUGUUAAUGACACCAAUUUUCUUGUGCAGUUUGAUUCUUUGCAUAAACAAACUUAGUCAUAAGCUCAAAUCAAAACACAGAAAUCAGCUUCCACAAGGCACUCUUGGAUGGCCUUUUAUUGGUGAAACCAUAGAUUUUAUUUCUUGUGCUUACACCGAUCGUCCUGAGAGCUUCAUGAACAAGCGACGCGCCAUGUAUGGUAAGGUGUUCAAGUCACACAUAUUUGGAAGUGCUACUAUUGUUUCAACAGAUGCAGAUGUGAACAAAUUUAUACUACAAAGUGAUGCAAAAGUUUUUGUUCCUUCAUAUCCUAAGUCCUUGAUGGAGUUAAUGGGAGAGUCUUCUAUUUUGCUCAUCAAUGGAACCUUACAAAGGAGAAUACAUGGACUUAUUGGAGCUUUUUUCAAGUCUCAACAGUUAAAGGUUCAGAUUACCAAAGAUAUGCAGAAGUAUGUUCAAGAAUCAAUGGAAAAUUGGAAAGAGGAUCAACCUAUAUACAUACAAGAUGAAACAAAAAAGAUUGCAUUUCAUGUACUAGUGAAGGCAUUGAUUAGUUUGGAACCAGGUGAAGAAAUGGAACUUCUAAAAAAACAUUUUCAAGAAUUUAUAUCUGGCCUAAUGUCUUUGCCAAUUAACCUACCAGGAACAAAACUUUAUCAAUCUUUACAGGCAAAAAAGAAAAUGGUGAAAUUAGUGAGAAAAAAUAUCCAAGCUAGAAGAAAUAAAGACAUCUUUGAAGUUCCAAAAGAUGUAGUGGAUGUGCUUCUUAAUGAUACAAGUGAGAAAUUAACAGAUGAUUUAAUAGCAGAUAAUAUUAUUGAUAUGAUGAUUCCUGGAGAGGAUUCAGUUCCAGUUCUUAUGACUCUAGCUACAAAGUACUUAUCAGAAUGCCCUGCUGCUUUGCAACAAUUGACGGAGGAAAAUAUAAAGAUCAAGAAACUCAAAGAUGAGAUUGGGGAGCCUAUGUGUUGGAGUGAUUACUUAUCAUUGCCAUUUACUCAAAAAGUUAUAACAGAAACUUUGAGAAUGGGAAAUAUCAUAAAUGGUGUUAUGAGAAAGGCCUUAAAAGAUGUUGAAAUAAAAGGGUACUUGAUACCACAAGGAUGGUGUGUGUUUGCAAAUUUUAGAUCAGUUCAUCUAGAUGAGAAAAACUAUGAGUGCCCUUAUCAAUUCAAUCCAUGGAGGUGGCAAGAUAAGGACAUGAACUGUAACAAUUUCACUCCUUUUGGAGGGGGGCAAAGGCUAUGUCCUGGCCUUGACUUGGCCAGGUUGGAAGCUUCUAUCUUUCUACACCACCUUGUUACUCAGUUCAGAUGGUAUGCAAAAGAAGAUACAAUAGUGAACUUCCCUACAGUAAGAAUGAAAAGAAGGAUGCCUAUCUUACUAAAGAGGGUGUAAACUUAAGCUGUUUUAGCCAGAAAGUAUGAAGCCAAUUCUACAUACUGAUACAGUGCACAAAGUAUAUGAAAAAUACACAAGGCAAAAUAAAAGAGGAUAAAUGGGGGGCCAAGAAAAUUUGGCUAAUGUAGACACACGUGUGAGGAGCUUCAUUAGCUUUUUUUGUUCAUUGUUUUGUCUUUGCACAUAAAGACAAUAUAAAGUUUUGUCUUUUGAUUUGAGGGACCCCAUGAAUUAGGUAUUUACUUUUUUUCACCUAUUUUUCUUUUCUCUAGUAUGCAAGGAAAGUAAAAGUAGAUUGUAAGAGACAACACUUUGUAUUAUCA